AUGAUUUAUUCGUUCGCUGAGUCGGCGGUUGUCUCUCUGCCGCGCCCGACCAACGCGAACCUCCUACUACUCGCAAAGCUGCAUCCUUUACCUCGCCUUGUAGUAGAAUGGCGUCGGAUACACGGUAUCUUAGAGAAGUCCUUCUCUGGAUUGGUAAACGCCUGUUGUCUUGCCGAACCAAUUCACCCUCAAGAAUCCAAAUCUCAUUCAGAAAAGUCGUUAUUCAGUAUCGUUUUUGCCCUUAAACCUGGCUUUUAUCUUCUUUGUUUACCCGGCGGCUAA